CAAAAUACGUGCUAAUAUACGAUCUAUGUUUCAUUGUACAUUAGUGGCUACGGAUGUUGCUGGCCGUGGUAUAGACGUUAAGAAUGUUUCAUUGGUUAUUAAUUAUGAUAUGGCAAAGACCAUUGAAGAUUAUACACAUCGCAUUGGUCGUACUGGACGUGCUGGAAAAUCUGGAGUUGCCAUUACGUUCUUAUCUAACGCAGAUGCGGAUGUAAU